AUGGCGCCGUCGGGCCUUCCCACCGUGGUGUGGAGUGGUGCGGCGCUAGUCGGGCCUGGCAUGGCCUGGCCAGGUGCCGCCGUGCCUUCGGCGCGCGCCGUCGUGGCCGCCACGGCUACGCCUGCCGUCUGCUCGCUCCAGCUUGUUGCUUCCCCGCCGCAGCCCGUCCGCCCGCCCGCUAUGAUCGGCCGCCACCAAGCCGCCCACGGCGACAAUGCGGCCAGGAUCCGAUCGCCGCCGGAGCCACAUGGCCGGAGCAUGCCACCGCCCCGCAAAUUCAAGUCGGUCCCGGAGACCAUCUCCACCGGCGCCGGUGAAGGCGGCGACUUCCGCGUCGGCAGCCUCAUCGGCACCGGCUCCUUCGGGGAAAUCUACCACGGCACCAACCUCGAGACCAAAGAGCAUGUCGCCAUCAAGCUCGAAUCUCUGAAAGCAAGGUUCCCCCAGCUGAUCUACGAGUUAAAGAUUUACAGGAAACUUGGUGGAGAAACUGGAAUCCCAAACGUCAAGUGGUUUGGCAUACAGGACGAUUUCAGCGUCCUGGUGAUGGACCUGCUGGGACCGAACCUGGAAGAGCUCUUCGACUCCUGCGACAGGAAGCUGUCCCUGAAAACUGUUCUGAUGCUCGCUGACCAGAUGAUCGACCGGGUCCAAUAUGUGCACUCCAAAUCUUUCGUGCACAGAGAUAUCAAGCCACAAAACUUUCUCAUGGGUACUGGAAAGAGUGCAAACCUGGUUCAUAUUAUAGAUUUCGGAAUUGCAAAGAAGUAUAUGGAGAGAGCGAAACACAAAAUGCAGCACAUCCCAUAUAGAGACAACAUGAUGAGCUUGGCAGGAACGCCAAGAUAUGCGAGUAUCAACAACCAUCUUGGGAUAGAGCAAAGCCGGAGGGACGACCUGGAAUCGAUCGGAUACAUGCUGUUGUACUUGUUAACCGGAAGCCUUCCAUGGCAGGGUAUAGAAGCCGGAAACCAUAGGCAAACACAUGAGAUGAUCAAGGACAUGAAAAUUGCCACUUCACCUGAGGAGCUUUGCCGUGGCCAUCCUACAGAAUUUGCAUCUUACCUCAACUACUGUCGCUCGCUGGGAUUCGAAGACGAGCCGAACUAUCUGUACCUCAAGAAAAUGUUCAGAGACCUUUUCGUUCAACAAGGCUAUCAAUAUGAUUAUGUGUAUGAUUGGAUGAUUCCUCGGCAUUAUUACAAGGACUACCGGUAUUGAGUUUUUAUGGAGAGGUAGCAAUAUGGAGGAGACCGAAC